AAACAAGCGAGAAGAAGGUAGAGAGAGAGAGAGAGAGAGAGAGAGAGAGAGAGAGAGAUCUUAUCUCAGCCUCUGUUUCUCAUUUUCUCCAAAACGGUCGCCCCGUACCAUCUUUCGCUUCCCCUACGCUUUUACCGCCUCUCUCUGUGUCUGUCUCCCCUUUAUGGCCACCGACGAACCUAGGGUUUGAACCGACCUUUCACAUAAGCACGGUAAAAUUUGGAAAUAACAAGUGAUGAUGCAUGCAAGGAGAAUAAAGUGUAAAAAUCAGAGAUGGGUGCUUCAAAUGUCCAAAUAUUCAACAACGCCUACCUACACUGUUCAUGGUUCUUCUCAAUCUUUAGGUCAUAAUACAGUUUCGGGAAACCACUGUUUUCAUGCUAGUUUUAUUAGAAGCCGUCUCGUUGAUUCAUUCACGUUGCGUAGUGUUGCUCCUGGCUAUAGCUGCACUGGUUUGCAUGUAAGGUCCAGUCCAUGUUUGAAGGGUAGCCAGUUACGUCCCUACAGUUCUGAAGGUAAUGGAAGGAAUGCAAGUGAGGAUAAUCAAACACCAGUGAAAGGUGAUGCUGAUCUUGAUAAAGGGAGGGCUUCUCAAGAAAAGGCUAAGGAAGUUGGGAGGAAUUUUGAUGCACACGCUCUGCUUGGGGAACAAGAUCAAAAGGAGUGGCUUAAUAGUCAAAAGAUUACCAUUGAGAGUAAAAAGAAAGAGUCACCUUUUUCAUCUAAACGAGAGAAGUUAAAAAAUGAGUUUUUGAGGAGGGUUGUUCCGUGGGAGAAAAUAACGGUGUCAUGGGAUACAUUUCCCUACUACAUUCAUGAACCUACCAAAAACCUUUUGGUGGAAUGUGCUGCUUCCCAUUUGAAGCAUAAAAAGUUUACUUCAACUUAUGGUUCUCGUUUGACAUCUUCAAAUGGAAAAAUACUGCUUCAGAGUUCACCAGGCACUGAACUUUAUCGUGAAAGAUUAGUUAGAGCACUCGCACAAGAUCUCAAAGUUCCCCUCUUGGUGCUAGACAGCAGUGUACUUGCUCCUUAUGAUUUUGGUGACGAUUGCGAAUCUGAAUCAGAUGAUGAUGGUGUGGAGGAGAAUACUUCUGAUUCAGAGAUUGAGGAUGAAAAUGCUGCGAGUAACGAAGAAGAUUGGACUAGUAGUAACGAGGCAAAAUCAGAUUCUAGUGAUAAAGAUGAAGAUGAUGUGCAUGCAAGAGCUGAAGCAGCCCUCAAGAAGCUUGUUCCUAUUGAAGACUUUGCAAAGAUGGUAUCUGGGGAAACUGAGAGUUCAGCUGAGUCCUCAAAAUCAGAAACUGCUGACUCUUCUGAUAAAUGCAAACGACCGCUAAAGAAAGGAGAUCGAGUGAAGUAUAUCGGGCCUUCUAUACGUGUUGAAGCUGAUAACAGGCCUUUACCAAAGGGUCAACGUGGGGAGGUAUAUGAGGUGAGUGGAGAUCGAGUUGCUGUUAUUUUGGAUGUUAAACAGAAGGCAGGAACUGAAGUGGAUAAAGAGGAGAAAGAUGCAGAGCAACCUGCAGAUCCACCAGUUUAUUGGAUACAUGCUAAGGAAAUUGAGCAUAUUCCUGACCCGCAGACUGAGGAUUGUUAUAUUGCACUGGAGGCCCUGUGUGAGGUCUUGCAUGCCAAGCAACCUCUUAUUGUCUAUUUUCCAGACUCUUCUCAAUGGAUGUCUAGGGCAAUUCCCAAGUCAGAUCGCAAGGAGUUUGUUGCUAAGGUGCAAGAAAUUUUUGACGAGUUAUCAGGUCCUGUUGUUUUGAUUUGCGGGCAGAACAAAGUUGAAUCAGGAUCCAAGGAGAAAGAGAAAUUUACAAUGAUACUUCCAAAUUUGGGGCGUCUUGCAAAGCUGCCUCUCUCUCUUAAGCGUCUUACAGAGGGACUUAAAGGAACAAAGAGAUCAGAUGACAAUGAAAUAUAUAAGCUAUUCAAAAAUGUUUUCUGCGUAUAUCCGCCAAAGGAGGAAGAGGAGCUUCGAGUAUUCAAUAAACAGAUUGAAGAAGAUGGAAGAAUUGUGAUAGCAAGGAGCAAUUUAAAUGAAUUACAUGAGGUUCUUGAGGAAAAUGAGCUCUCAUGCAUGGACUUAUUGCUAGUAGAUACCAAUGGUGUAAUCUUGACAAAGAGAAAAGCUGAGAAAGUAGUUGGCUGGGCAAAAAACCAUUACUUGUCAUCAUGCCUUCUUCCUUACGUGAAAGGUGAAAGAUUGCAUCUGCCACGUGAAAGCCUUGAAAUAGCAAUUUCACGCUUGAAGGAGCAAGAAACUUUGUCUCGGAAGCCUUCUCAAAAUUUGAAGAACAUAGCAAAGGAUGAAUAUGAGAGCAACUUUGUUUCAGCUGUAGUACCUCCUGGUGAAAUUGGUGUUAGGUUUGAUGAUGUAGGAGCUCUGGAGGACGUGAAGAGGGCACUGAAUGAACUUGUUAUUCUUCCAAUGAGGAGACCGGAGCUUUUCUCUCAUGGAAACUUAUUGCGGCCUUGCAAAGGAAUAUUGCUUUUUGGGCCUCCUGGAACUGGGAAGACCCUUCUUGCCAAGGCACUUGCAACAGAAGCUGGGGCAAACUUUAUCAGCAUAACUGGUUCUACUCUAACAUCAAAGUGGUUUGGAGAUGCUGAAAAGCUGACCAAAGCUUUGUUCUCCUUUGCCAGCAAGCUUGCUCCCGUCAUAAUAUUUGUUGACGAGGUUGAUAGUUUGCUUGGUGCUCGUGGUGGUUCUUUUGAGCAUGAGGCAACUAGAAGAAUGAGAAAUGAGUUCAUGGCAGCUUGGGAUGGAUUGAGGUCCAAAGACAGUCAAAGAAUCCUUAUUCUUGGUGCCACAAAUCGGCCAUUUGAUCUUGAUGAUGCUGUCAUUCGUCGGUUACCAAGAAGGAUAUACGUUGACUUACCUGAUGUUGAAAAUCGUAAGAAGAUAUUGAGUAUAUUUCUGGCUCAAGAGAAUCUAGCAUCUGGUUUCCAAUUUGACAAACUUUCAGAAGCAACAGAUGGAUAUUCUGGCAGUGAUUUGAAGAACCUCUGUAUUGCUGCUGCAUAUAGACCUGUCCAGGAGCUUUUAGAAGAAGAAAAGAAGGACAUCAAAAGCGACGCAGCUACAGUGUUGAGGCCUCUUAAUUUAGAUGAUUUUAUUCAAUCAAAAGCCAAGGUUGGGCCAUCAAUUUCCUAUGAUGCUUCAAGCAUGAACGAACUUAGGAAAUGGAACGAACAAUAUGGAGAAGGCGGAAGCAGAAGAAAAUCACCAUUUGGUUUUUGAAACUAAUCUUACGGUGGUUAUUCUUCUUUAAUAUAUUCUUCGGAGAGAAAGGAGACGCCCUGCUUGAAAGGCAUCCAUUCGUUGAGGGAGAAGAAGAUGAAAAGCUCAUCCUGCACUCUUGGAGAAGAAAGCAAGAAGAUCAAAGAAGCCCAAUUUGGAGGCUUUGGGUAACAGUAGAAGGCAGAACCCCCUUUUUUCCAUCCUCUUUGGGCGGAUGAGAGAACCCCCAACAAAUGAUGUACUAUCUUUGUAGCUUUAUAUACAAAAUUUCCCCAAUUUUCCCAAUUUUCCCAAUUUUCUCAAUUUUCCAUGCCUUGUAAAAUAACACCAUUGUUUUUUGUUAAAUUAAUAGGAGAUCAUAAGGUGGGUCUUGGAUAUUUGCCAA